CUUGAUCCAAUAUUUCAUUUGUAGCCAAACUCUUAGAUGUCUCCAUUACUCCCAUAGCCACUGGAGACAAAGGCUCUCAAGACUCCAUUGAAUUCCCGCAAGAUGCUUUUCAGGUUUUCUCAGCUUUCUACGAGGAGGACAAUGCUACGACUUCAUCAGAAAUUGUGUGGUAGAACAGUGGUGUUUACCCGAAUGUAUAGUUCUAAAGAAACAAUGGACGUUAAACUCGAUCCACUGAAAAGGCUUUGUAAUAUUAUGAUGUCUUGUCCAAAAUUUGGCCUUGACACAGAGCUCGACCAAAGCGGGAUUAGGGUUUCACCGGAGAUGGUCGAAGACGUCCUUAAGAGAUUUGAAAAUGCUGGAAUGCUUGCGUAUCGUUUCUUUGAAUGGGCUGAAAAGCAACAUAAUUAUGAGCAUAGUACUAAAGCCUACCACUUCAUGAUUGAAUCUCUUGCCAAGAUAAGGCAAUAUCAGAUGAUGUGGGAUCUUGUAAAUAAGAUGAAAGCCAAGGGAAUGCUUAAUAUUGAAACAUUUUGCAUAAUGAUGAGAAAAUAUGCUAGGGCCCAAAAGGUGGAGGAGGCUGUAUACACUUUCAAUAUCAUGAAUAAGUUCGACGUGCCCCCCAACCUAGCUGCUUUUAACGGCUUAUUGAGUGCUCUAUGCAAAUCGAAGAAUGUGGGAAAAGCUCAGGAGAUUUUCGAUAGUAAGAAAAAGGAGUUUAUUCCUGAUUCAAAAACUUACAGCAUAUUGAUCGAAGGUUGGGGAAGGGCUCCCAAUCUUCCCAAGGCAAGGGAAAUUUACAGGGAAAUGAUUGAGGUGGGCUCUAAUCCCGAUAUUGUGACUUAUGGGAUCAUGGUUGAUAUACUUUGCAAGGCUGGCAGGGUUGAUGAGGCUGUUGAAAUUGUCAAGGAGAUGGACUUCAGCGGUUGCAGGCCAACAUCCUUUAUUUAUAGUGUUUUAGUCCAUACAUAUGGGCUAGAAAACCGGAUUGAAGAUGCGAUAGAUACAUUCCUUGAAAUGGAAAAAAAUGGAGUUGAGGCUGAUGUAGCUGUAUAUAAUUCUCUAAUUAGUGCUUUCUGUAAGGUAAAUAAAUUCCAAAAUGCCUAUAGGGUUCUGAACGACAUGCAAUUGAAGGGGGUGGACCCCAAUGCAAGGACCUGCAAUAUUAUUCUGAGUGGCUUGAUUGGUCGAGGUGAGACUGAUGAUGCUUUUAAGGUUUUCCGGAGGAUGCUCAAAAUUUGUGAUCCUGAUGCAGACACGUAUACUAUGAUGAUAAAGAUGUUCUGUGAGCGGAGUGAGAUUAAUAUGGCUCGUAAAGUGUGGAAAUAUAUGAAACGCAAGCAAUUUGUUCCCAGCAUGCAUACUUUUUCUGCACUUAUAAAUGGGCUGUGCGAAGACGGUGAUGCCCCUGGUGCUUGUGUGUUGAUGGAAGAGAUGAUAGAGAAAGGAAUGCGCCCCGGUAGGAUGACGUUUGGAAAAUUACGGAAACUACUUCUCAAGGAAGAGAGAGAAGAUGUACUCGAAUUCCUUCAGGAGAAAAUUAAUCUUAUGGUUAGGGAGCCCUUAUCUGAUUAAGAAACCAUUUAGAUGAUGUAUUUCUGACAAUUCCUGAUUAUGAUUUGCUGUUGAAUCUGAUCUCUAGAGUCAGAAUAUCCAAGUGACUUGUACUACUUCAAAAACAGAUAAAGAUAUACUGGUCAUGCAGCAACUGAGCUUGCUAAGGACUUUAUUUCAUAAGUGAGACUAAUUUGGAGCAGUUGGAAAAUUUGUAAGUUUGGGAAAUUUAAGGCCAGUCCUUGUUAAAUAUUAGAGUUUGGAAAAGUUAUUUCCUUUCCGAUUUUGGUUAAUUAGUAAAAGAAACUUUACCAAGUGAAGAUGGUUGAUACAAGUGGACAAAAAGCCAAGCAGCUUUGCAAUCAAGGUUUCAUAAUUGCCGCUGCAAGCACCUCGAAAUUCAACUCUAUUGAAGAAGCAUGAUGCACGAGCAUCGCCAGAUGCCCAGGUUAACUCCGGGAUGUCACAUGAACUCUUUCUGUAUGAACACCACUUGACAUGAGCACCAUUGCCGCUUCUAUGCCAUAAUCAGUCUAAUUAACGGCACCAGACAACUCAUUAGGAGCAGAAAGGAGGGUCUACUCAUCCAUUGCAUCCUGAGAAAGGAACCUGCCGGUGCUCUGACUUCAAUGGAUUGCCCAAGAUAACAAAUCCAGCAGUCUAAAAUUUGACAUAGUAUUGCUUUCAACCACACAUUGUUAGAAUAAUCUCACAUAGUAGCUGACUAGUUGUAUAACUUUUCGUGAUGUUUUCACAUUUGAAAUUUCUAAUAGUAGCACUCGCCUAUUUGUAUGACUCCUACCUUUUUUUCCGCACUUACGCCUAUACGAUUUACUU